AGAUAAUAACUGUUUCUGUUUGGAAAAAAAGCGCGCUUUCACUUUCCUUAUGGCUCAUAUUUGUCAAUGUCUCAGUCGACUGUUAACUUUCCGGCGACACUUUCCGGUAACCGUUGCCGGAAACCACCAUAAGACAGGGGAACAAUUUGUGGAGAAGGUGGUUUCACUAGCACAUGGUCUUGUACAACUUGGAGUCACACCUGGUGAUGUUGUAGCCAUCUCUGCUUACAACAGUGAUUGGUAUCUUGAAUGGUUAUUAGCCAUUGCAUUUGUUGGAGGAAUUGCUGCUCCUUUGAACUAUCGUUGGAGUUUUGAAGAGGCAAGGUUAGCAAUGAAAGCAGUGAAACCAGUGAUGUUAGUGAUUGAUGAGAGCUGUUAUCCAUGGUACUUCAAAUUCCAACAAAAUGAUAUUCCAUCUCUAAAGUGGCAUGUUUUGUUGGAUUCCCCUUCUUCAGAUUUUACAAACAAAUCGAAUGUGUUGACUCAAGGAAUACUUAUGAAGCAUCUUGUAAAGCCUUUAGAGUUGGAAUACUCGUCGGCACCUGAAGGAGCUGUUAUAAUAUGCUUUACUUCAGGAACUACCGGAAAACCCAAGGGAGUGACAAUAAGCCAUGAAGCUUUGAUCAUACAGUCCCUAGCAAAGAUUGCCAUAGUUGGAUAUAGCGAAGAUGAUGUCUAUCUUCAUACUGCGCCAUUGUGUCACAUUGGUGGCUUGUCAUCAGCCAUGGCCAUGCUUAUGGUUGGAGGUUGCCAUGUAUUCAUGCCGAAGUUUGAUGCAAAAUUAGCCGUUGGUGCCAUAGAACAAUAUGCUGUGACAUCUUUUAUCACAGUUCCUGCAAUGAUUACCAGUCUUAAUUCUAAUAUUAGGCACCAUGAAACCUGGAAGGGGGGAGAAACUGUCAUGAAAAUACUCAAUGGUGGUGGAAGCCUCUCACAUGAGCUUAUUAAAGACACUAACAUAUUCUUCCAUAAAGCUAAGCUUAUUUCAGCUUAUGGGAUGACAGAAGCAUGCUCUUCACUGACAUUCUUGACGCUGUAUGAUCCAACGCAAAAAACCACUAGCCAUCCUUUUCGAACAAAUGGCGAGGUAGAAUCCGAAUAUCUCAUUGAUCAGCCACAUGGUGUUUGUGUUGGCAAGGCUGCACCUCAUGUAGAACUGAAGAUAUGCACAGAUUCCUCUAGCGACAAUGGGAGAAUUUUAACUAGAGGACCACAUUUAAUGCUCAGGUAUUGGGAUCAAACUAUCGAAAACUCGUCAAGUCAGAAGAAUGAAGUAUGGCUUGACACUGGUGACAUUGGAUCAAUGGACUGUCAUGGUAAUUUGUGGCUCCUUGGACGUACAAAUGGUCGAAUCAAGAGUGGUGGAGAGAAUAUUUACCCUGAAGAGGUUGAGGCAAUUCUACUAGAACAUCCAGGGAUUGCAAAUGUUGUGAUUGUGGGAAUCCCAGAUGUGCGUUUCACAGAGACGGUAGCAGCAUGUAUCCAACCACGAGAAAAUUGGCAAUGGUUAGAGCACUCUACUUCAAAUGAAGACAAUCACUUAUCUAGAAAGAAUCUUCAACAAUACUGUCUACAAAAUAAUUUAAGCAGGUUUAAGAUACCGAAGAUAUUUAGAGAAUGGAGGAAGCCUUUUCCAGUCACAACCACAGGAAAAAUAAGAAGAGAUCAAGUCAGAAAGGAGCUUAUAUCUGAGCUACAAAUUUUGCAUAGUAAUCUUUGAAGGAAGCUUUUUUUGUCUGGAAAUCUAUUUUCAGAGGGCAAUCAAAUAGGUGCAUUCUUUUUGAAGUAUAUUUCCAAAGUGACUGUAGUUGGCACUGGGAUGAAUCUAGGCUCUGCCACUCCAAUUUUUUCUGAUUGAUAAACCAAUUGAAUACAUAUUUUUUUCUGAAAA